CAGCAGCAGUAACUGAUCUCCUUAGAAUGGUUCAACUAUAUUCUGUCCAGCAACGUAUGAUGGGAUCUGCAUGUAUGCUAGUAAUAUUGGUGAUUACGACUUUCUUGCUGAUGGCUGUACCUCACGCUUUGGCACAUAAUCAUCCCUGCCGAAGACACGGUCAACCUUGUCAGGCUACGGACGCACGGGGCUCAUGCUGCGAUGGCCAUGUUUGUGAAUACGACUCCAGCUCAAUGAUGAAUACCUGCAGAAAAUAGAAGC